AUGGGUGUUCCAAAGUUUUAUCGAUGGAUUAGCGAACGUUAUCCAUGUUUAAGUGAAGUUGUUCGGGAUGAACAGAUUCCAGAAUUUGAUAAUUUAUAUUUGGAUAUGAAUGGUAUAAUACAUGGCUGUUCGCAUCCAGAUGAUGAAGAUGUUUCAUUUCGAAUUUCAGAAGAGCAAAUAUUUCAUGAUAUUUUUAAUUACAUUGAUUUUCUUUUUGGCAUAAUUAAGCCGAAAAAAGUUUUUUUCAUGGCUAUUGAUGGUGUUGCACCGCGUGCUAAGAUGAAUCAACAAAGAGCGCGACGUUUUAUGUCUGCAAAAAAUGCACAAGAAGCUCUAAGUAAGGCGAGAAAAAAAGGAAUAAAAAUCCCAGAUGAAAAACCAUUUGAUUCAAAUUGCAUCACUCCAGGUACGGAGUUUAUGGCUUAUCUACAUGAGAAUUUACAGUGUUUUGUACAAAUGAAAAUUGCUACGGAUAGUUGUUGGCAAGGUUUACGAAUAUAUCUUUCUGGCCAUAAUUGUCCUGGAGAAGGUGAGCAUAAAAUAAUGGAUUUUAUACGUAGCGAACGAAGUCGUCCAGAUUACGACGCUAAUACAAGACAUUGUCUUUAUGGUCUUGAUGCAGAUUUGAUAAUGUUGGGAAUAUGUUCACAUGAGCCUCAUUUUGCUUUGCUACGAGAAGAAGUGAAAUUUGGAAGGCAAAAAUUUCGUAUCAGAAAACAUAGAGCAAAAGUGGAUGAAAUAACAUUUCAUUUAUUGCAUCUUUCUCUGCUUCGAGAAUACCUUUCAUUGGAAUUCCACUCACUAAAGGAAAAAUUGCCAUUUGAUUAUAAUUUGGAGUCAGUGAUUGAUGACUGGAUACUAAUGGGUUUUCUUAUUGGUAACGAUUUUAUACCUCACCUACCUCAUGUUCAUAUACAUGAAGAUGCUUUACCUCUACUUUACGCUACUUAUAAUGAAGUAUUGCCUCAACUAGAUGGUUAUAUUAACGAAGCGGGUGUUUUAAAUUUGAAGCGUUUUGAAAUUUUCUUGAAAAAUUUUGCAAAAAAUGACAGGAAGAAUUUUCUUGAACAAAUGGAUGAUGAAGCAUAUCUUAGUUCAAAAAGAACAUCAGAUGCUUGGAAAAAGAAUUCUAAUAACGAUGAGCAAAGUUUUAAUGAAGAUUUAGAGGUGUUCGAUCUUUCUAAUGAUGAAACGAAUAAAGUUACUGACAUUGGGAUCUCUAAAGGAGCAUUUGAUUCUGACAGUAAUGCUUCUGACGAAUGUGAAGAAAUUACUGAUCAAAGGGCUUUAACAUCUACUAAAGCAGUGUCUCAUGGAUAUUUUGGUUUGGACAAAGAUUCAGAUGAUGAUCUGCCAGUUGCAUCUUUAGAUGAUGAAAGUUAUGAAAAUGAUUGUGAUUUAUCUUGGACUCCAGUAGUUAAUAAGGCAUUCAAGAAUCACAAACGUGACUAUUAUAAUGAUAAGAUGAAGUAUAACAAUAUAAGUAAGGAAGAGUUACGUGAACAAGCAGAAGGAUACAUUCGUGCAAUUCAGUGGAAUUUACAUUACUACUAUCAUGGAUGUUGUAGUUGGAGCUGGUUUUAUCCACAUCAUUAUGCUCCCUACAUAUCAGAUGUUUCUGAUUUUGCUGAAAUGGAAAUGAAUUUUGAUUUGAGUGAACCAUUUAAACCAUUUGAGCAAUUAUUGGCUGUAUUACCAGCAGCUAGUGCCGAUUGUUUACCACCUCCUUAUAGAGAGCUUAUGAAUGAUCCAAAAAGUCCAAUUAUUGAUUUCUAUCCGGAACAAUUUGACACUGAUUUAAAUGGUAAGAAGAAUGAUUGGGAAGCGGUUAUUCUGAUACCAUUCAUUAAUGAAGAUCGUCUUCUACAAGCUGUAGCUGUUAAAGAUUCUUUAUUAACUGAUGAGGAACGACAAAGAAAUAUGCAUGGACCACAUCUGUUGUUUAGUUAUGAUCCCUCUUCAUCACAUAUUCUGAAAUCUACAUUUCCUGAUAUCUUCCCUGAUAUUCAGGAUUGCGCUGUGAAAAUAGAAAAAAUAGAAAUGAAUCAAUUUCGCAUACCACGUAAUCGAAUAGUACACGGUUUGUUACCUGGAGUUAAGUUAGAUGUUGUAUUUCCUGGCUUUCCUACGUUGAAACAUAUACCUCAUAUUGCUGAGCUUCUUUUUGCGGAUAUUAAAUUGUUUCAACAGCCAUCCAAAAAUCAAUCGAUGAUUCUAAAAAUUGGAAACAGACCAGAACUGGAAAAGGAUAUAAUGGAAAUAGCAUCUGAUUUAGUUGGAAAAGAGGUACAUGUAAAUUGGCCUAUACUACAGGGAGCUUUGGUCCAGGAACUAUGGACUGCUCAUGAAAAAUAUAGCAAAGCUGCUGAUAAAAAAAUUAUUUGUAAUGCUCUUUCGGAAGAAGAGCAAAGUAUGUACAAAACUUAUGUCAAUAUAACUCGACGAAAUGAAUUUGAAAGGAGAGGUAUUGAUGCUGGUCAACAAAAAGGGUUAGCAUUAGUUCGAAUAGCACAUGGAUUGCGAAAAUAUUUUGAAGAGCAAAAAGUAUUAAUUAAACGAUUUUAUGCUGAUAUCAAUAAUACAAUUCCCGUAUCGCUUUCUCUUUUAGUACAAAAUGCACUAGAGGAUUGGGAUUCUAAAUGUGCAUUGGAGGAUUUGUAUCCAAUUAAUGCUAAAGUUUUCAUUUCAUCGGUUGAAAGUAAAUAUUAUGGUUUUUCUGGAUUUAUCAAAGAAAAUCAUCUAAUGACAAAAGGAACACUUACUGUUUCGUGUAAAAUUUCAACAGGGGCAGAUUUGAACUUUUGCGAUAUUGUAGCAGAUUAUGAUAAUUAUGCUCUUAAAUGGUAUACUGCAUAUGAAUUAGCUAAGUUUUUGCAUACUAGUGUUGAUGUUAUUAAUCGUAUCACUGGUUGUGUUUACGUUUUACUGGAUGAAUCAAACGUGGUACCAUCAAAAAAUACUCCACUGAAAGCCAAUAUUGGACUUGAAUUGAAAUUUACAAAAAGGAACCAAAUCGUACCAGAUUUCACAUGUCGUUCGUCAGAGGGUCAUUUAUUAUAUUCGUCAAAAACAUUCGAUAUAAUUAGGAAUUACAAAAUGAAGUAUCCCAGUGUAUUCAAAUAUCUUGAAAAACUGGAUAACUUUCAACCAUAUAUUCAUAUCAAGCAAAUAUUUCCAGAAUUUGAACGAGAAGAAUUAAAUAAAAAAAUUGAAGAGUUAAAAACAUUUUUAAACACUAUUACGCCAAAGAAUGCUUUGGAAUCAGCUGAUGAUGUUUUUGUGGAUUCUGGAGUUUUGAAGGAAAUUGAAAAACGUAUACAAGUUGUCAUUUCAAAAAAUACACCAGAUCAAACUUGUAAACGACUUGCAGUAAAACCGCGUGCUAUUUUUAUGGCGGAACUAUGCAAAGGUGAUAGCAUGCCAGAUGAAACAGCUGAAUUUUGCUUACUGGAUCGAGUUAUUUGUGUUAAAAAACGUCGCGGAGCACCAUUUGGUGAAUUUGGUACUGUUAUUGGAUUACUUAAUACAAAUUCAGGAAAAAAAAUCGAUGUAUUAUUUGAUAAACCAUAUUUUGGAGGCCGAAUUAUGCGAAGUAGUAAAGCAAGUGCAGCUCGAUUACCGAUAUCUUCAUUGAUUAACAUAACAUAUGGAAAACGAAUGCGAAAUGAAAUUCCAUCAAUUGAGCAUAUUGUAAACUCGGCUAAAACUAAUUAUAAACCAAUGGAUUUUCCAAAAAAUUUGCAAAUCAAUAAAGAUGAUCAGCAAAGUCCAUCUGGAAGUUCUGGAUGUAUUUACAGAAAUAAAAUAUCGAUGCCAGGAGAUAAUGCAUCUAGUUCAAGAAAUAAAUGUAAAUCAAAGAAUUCUCAAGCAUCAUGCUCGAAUGAUUUAUGCUAUGGAGAAAGAUCAAAGACUGAGAAAGAAUCUUCAGCUGCUGUUACACAUGAUGCUGAGCUAGCAGCAAAAGAUUGUCGUACGACAGUAGUGCUAGUAGGAAAUCGAAAACUACAAGUUAGGUCUACAAGUGGAUUUAUAGACAGUCAUCCUUCGGGCUCUAAACCUCAGAGUUCAGAAGAGAAAGAAGGAAAAAUAUUUGAAAAGAAAUCGAGUAAUAAAUCUGUAGCUCGACGCUCAGGAAAAAUAAGAGAUGAUGUAAAUUUUGGAAAAAUGGAAGCUAAUAGUAAAAUAAUAAAAAAUAAUGGUACUGUAGGAAUUUCUUCAUGCAAUUUUGGUGGAACAACUACUGUUGUUGGUACUACCACUUCCUAUGGUGACGAUAAAGGAAUGAAAAAUUAUCAUGGAUAUCCACGAACAUGGUUUGGAUGCAGUUCUACGAGAUCGAAAGAUUAUCUUCGAUGUUCUCAUGAAAAAGUCUAUAAGGAGCAAUCAAAUUGUAAAUCUACUACUCGAAUUCAGAAACGAAUGCCUUUGGAGAAAAAGAACAACAAGACUGCAUCUCCACAAAUUACUUUACUUAAAAGAAAUAAACCUCAAGAUAUGCCAGGUGUAGUAUCGGCAACUGAUACGAAACAAGCAGAAGAAUUUGAAAAAAAUGUGAAAUCCGGAAAUGAAAAACAAGAAAUGAUAGCUUCUGGCGGCGGAAAUAGUCCUAUUGAGCAACUAACUGAACAACUCAACAAACAACAUUUGCAUACUUUGGGUGAAUCAAGUAAUUUGGAUGGAUUGACUGAGUCAUCUAAAUCGACUUCAAAGGGAGAAAUUUUAUUACAAAAAUCUGAUCAAAUGAAUGAUGCGCAAACGACUACUAUAAAAUCAGCUGCAAUUGAUGCUACAGUGGAAACAAAUAAACAUGAAAUGAAUUUAAAUGAUAGUAAUUAUUCUACUAUAAAUGCACCCACUACUACUUCUUCAUCUUCAGAUAUUUGUGUAGGAAAAGCAAAUAGAAGAAAGUGUCGAAAGUCACGUGUUGUUGCAAAUUUGGGUUAUAAUAAUAAUAAAUAG